AGGGCGCUGCUCUCACUCGCUCGGUCAGAAGUCCAAACGCUGCGAACUUCAUACACUAAAAACAAACACCGACCAGAUUAGGCCGAUUAGACACCGACUGGACAGCGAGGGUCGAUUAUACUGACGAAGAGACCAUGUCCUCUAUUAAGGUGGAGUGCGUUGUGAAGGAGCCUAAUGAGAUCGGAGAGGGUCCUGUCUGGGAGGAGAAAGAUGCCACUCUCUUGUAUGUGGACAUCACUGGCCAAAGGAUCAGCAGGUGGAGCUCUUUGACCACUCAAACAGAGAGUAUGUCUACAGAGACGUUUGUGGGCUGUGUGGUCCCACGGAGGUCAGGAGGUUACAUGAUUGGAGAGGGAACGCGCUUCGCUGCGGUGGACUGGCAGAAACGCUCUAUCACCACCAUCGCUCACGUGGACACAGACAAGAGCAAAACUCGCUUUAACGAUGGGAAGGUGGACCCCGCUGGCAGGUUCUUCGCAGGCACCAUGGGUCUGGAAGUGCGUCCGGCUGAGGUAGAGAAGAAGCAAGGCUCUCUGUAUAGCCUUCAAGCUGACCACUCUGUCAUCAAACACUUUGAUCAGGUGGACCUCUCCAACGGGAUGGAUUGGUCUCUGGACCAUCGCUACUUCUACUACAUAGACAGUCUGAAGUACAUGCUGGAGGCCUUUGAUUAUGAUAUGCAGACCGGAGCCAUAUCUAAUAGAAGAACCGUAUACCGGCUUGAGAAAGACGAAGGCAUUCCUGAUGGCAUGUGCAUCGAUGCAGAGGGCAAACUGUGGAUGGCCUGCUACAAUGGAGGAAGAGUGCUACGCAUUGACCCACAAACAGGUACCAGGCUGCAGACAGUGAAGCUGCCCGUUGCGAAAACAACCUCGUGCUGUUUUGGAGGGAAAGACUACACUGACCUGUACGUCACCUCUGCUUAUAAAGGCAUGGACGAGGAAGCGCGUGCCCAACAGCCCCAAGCUGGCUGCAUUUUUAGGGUCUCUGGUUUAGGAGUGAAGGGAAUUCCUCCAAAUUCAUUUGCCGGCUGAGUCAUGAGAAUUCUGUGCAAGUUAUGUGCACAGAACUGUUACUCAGCCAAACAGAAUCACUGCACGCAUCAAACUAAUGACGGUCUGAAUUUAAUGAGUGAUAUUUUGUUUUGUUUGAGACGAUGAAUAUAUGAAAUCAUUACAGUUCUGAUUGAAUUUCAAAAGGGAAUCAUGCCUGUAACUAUGGUAUACCUUUGGUUUAAGAUUAAAGACUGGUGAUACUGA